UGUCUUCGUGAGGUCGGGUUGGUGCCAUCGAGCUGCAUGCAAGCAUGUCUUAUUCUGCUAAAAUUGGUCCCUCUAUUUUGAGCAGUGAUCUGUCUCAACUUGGAGAUGAGUGCAAACGAAUGAUGGAAUGUGGUGCGGAUUACCUUCACCUUGACGUGAUGGACGGCCACUUCGUGCCAAAUAUCACGUUCGGUCACCCAAUGGUAGAAUGUCUCCGAAACGCUGUUGGUCCUGACCCCUUUUUCGACAUGCAUAUGAUGGUGUCGCGGCCAGAGCAGUGGGUGAAGCCUAUGGCGGCGGCUGGAGCCAGCCAGUACACCUUCCACCUGGAGGCCACCACCAACCCCGGCAACCUCAUCAAGGAGAUCAGGGAGAGCAACAUGAAGGUGGGCCUGGCCAUCAAGCCUGGGACCACGGUGGAGGAGCUGGCCCCCUGGGCAGCCCUGAUCGACAUGGCCCUGGUCAUGACUGUGGAGCCUGGCUUUGGAGGACAGAAGUUCAUGGAGGACAUGAUGCCCAAGGUUAGUUGGCUCCGCAGUCAGUUUCCUUCUCUGGACAUUGAAGUCGAUGGGGGAGUAGGACCAGGAAGCAUACACAAAUGUGCUGACGCAGGGGCCAACAUGAUCGUGUCGGGUAGUGCUGUCGUCAGUAGCGAAGACCCACGCUCCGUCAUUGCCCUGCUCAAGAACGUCGUCAUGGAGGCCAUCCAGAAACGCUCUCUCGACCGCUGACCUGCCUGGCGCAGACACCAGAGGAGGCAUGGAGGACACCCCCAAAUCCACCCCUCCAGAGCACCCCAGGUUCAUCCCCACCACGCAUAUACAGCCACCGACGCCACCUCGGAAAGCACCUGUGACUCUGCAUUAAUCCUAUGAUAGCUGCUGUUCAGUUGUUUUUUUUUUUUGCCUGUUCAUGUUUUUUGUGGCUGUCGUGGUGGAUUGGUGGGCCACUCAGAACCCUUCUGGUGUUGAAGAAGCUCUGCUCAACCUGGACUUGUGUUGUGGGGUUGGGCCUGGGGUGGGGUGGGGUGGGGUUACUGUCUGAACCUGAGGCACCUUGCUCUACAAUUCAUGGAAACCCACCAUCAUCACUUCUGAUUUUGUAGACGCUUGCAGAAAUGGACUCGCAAGUGUGUCUCACUUCUGCCGGGAAGAUGGCCUCUGUCUAAUCUCUCUGCUCACCGACAGAAGCGUUCACUUCCUCCGUGACGUGCCUCUGUGGUAGACGAGCAAAACUCAACUCUCUCUUUCUCUCUCAAUGUUCUCUCUAGCACUUGAUCUGUUUCUCUCUCGUCUGCAUUCCCUGAUUAUUAACACCAACAACUGUAUAUUAGAAUGGACAACAAGGUUCCAUUCUAUCAAGAAAAAAAACAGAUUUAAGGCAUUUUCAUUUCGAUAUUUGCAACCAGAACACCAAAUGUCCUGAUUGGAAUCAGAAUCAGAAAUCAGAAAUUCCCCUCUCAAAAUUAUGGCAUUUGAUUCGGUAUCGAGUGUAGGCAUUUCUGAUUGGUAAUUCAAAGAAUAUCUGGUGUUCUGCAAAUCGGGAAUUUAAAUGGUGUGAAAAUCAAAUGACGUCCUUUCCUGUUCCUCCAACUUUUGAUGCAAGGCUCAACAUCACUGAUUUUUAUUCAAUAUUUAAUUUUCAAUAUUUAAUUCAAUCAGAAACACUUUCUCAGUUGCAAUCGAGAUGCCUAAUGGGGGAAAGCCCCAUGAAAGUCGCUCUGUGCCACAGGGACAGCAGAGUUAGAGUACAGGAGGACCAGGAGAGGACGAGAGAAAGUAGUUUGACUUGCUCCUGAGGCUUGAAGUCCAAACUAUGCUGUGUCCGUAGACUGUACAUUCAUAUACAGUAUAU